AGUCAUCCCGAAGACAUCCCGGCGACCAAGAGCGAAGUGCACGGGGCCCGGACUUCCUGCUGGACGCACCUCUCCGGCAGCGGGCGGCAGCGGCCUACAGCGUCGACGACGACUCGGCAUCCCCGGCGGCAGCAGCGCACGACGACGAAGGAUCAUCGAGGCAUCGAGGGUUCUCGGAGACCCGGGCCCACGGCCGGGGACGAUGCCCGUGAGCGGCGCGGAGCCCCGGCCUGGGCCGCGCGUUCCUGAAGGGUCAUGAGCAACGGAACGGCGGCCAACCUAAGCUGGCUCGACAGCGUAGCGGCCAACGGGUCAGUCGACGGCAGCAACGGGACCGCCGAGGGCUGGCCCGAAGAGGACGACCCGUGGGACGGGUCGCCCUACCCGAGCCGCUACUCCAGGCUGAGCUUUGUGGUGACCGCCUUCGUGGUGACCUGCAUCAUGAUCCUCAUCGUAGUGGGCAACAUGCUGGUGUGUAUCGCCAUCGCGACUGAGAAGACCCUGAAGACGAUCCAGAACUGGUUCAUCGCCUCCCUGGCAGUGUCCGACUUUCUGAUCGGCCUCAUCAUCAUGCCUUUCUCACUUGCCAAGGAGCUGAUGGGCUACUGGAUCUUCGGCUCGCUGUGGUGCGACAUCCACGCGGCGCUGGACGUGCUCAUCUGCACGGCGUCCAUCAACAACCUGUGCCUCAUCAGCCUGGACCGGUACUGGUCGGUCACACACGCUGUCGAGUACCUCAAGAAGCGGACCGCCUCGCGCGCCAUGGCCAUGAUCUGCUUCGUGUGGCUCCUCUCGGCGCUUAUUUCGCUGCCGCCGCUCGUGGGCUGGAAGAAGUCACAGCAGGCGUCCGAGUUCCCCCAGUGCUCCGUGUCCGAGGACGUGGGCUACGUCCUCUACUCGGCCAUGGGAUCUUUCUACGUCCCAGCCGUCGUCAUGGUGUUUGUGUACAUCCGGAUAUUCCUCGCGGCUCGCUCGCGCGCGCGCAGGCACGUCAAGAAGCAGGCCCGGCACGUCCCGGAGCUCACCAACGACCCCGGGCGUGACAAAUCCACCACCACGACCACGACGUGCACCAGCUUCAGCAACCCGAGCCCGCCGGACUCCUCGGCGGCGCACAAGAUGAACGGCGGCGGCGCGCAGCAGCGCAGGGGCCUCCUCUUGCCCAGCGCCGCGCCGCAGAUCAUCAUCGAGACGCCCGAAGAGCCCACGUCGCCCCCGCUGCGCCGCCUGGAGGGACUCGCGCCCGCGGCCUGCAAGGACCGCGAGCGGGAGGCCGACCAAACGCCGGGUUCGGGAUCUGCCCCGGACGACGCGCCGGGCUUGCUGAGCGCGCCGUCGCGCAUCGUGCGCUAUCCGUACGGCUCCACGCUGUCCCUCGCAGAGAGGGACGAGGACAGCGAACUGUGCGAGUCUUCCAACGCCGCCGCCGAGGGCGACUCCUCGGGUGGGAGCGGGCCCGGGCGCCCGCCCAACAGGCCGGGCUCCAAGCGGAGGCCCCAGCCCCCUACGGGACUCACGUACGCGGUGGCCGCGCGGCACAGCCCGUCGGACGCCGAGCGCCACAAGCGAAAGCUGGCCAAGGCUCGCGAGCGCCGGGCCACCAUGAUCCUCGGUCUCAUCAUGGCCGCCUUCAUCCUGGCCUGGCUGCCGUUCUUCCUCAUGUACGUGCUGGGUGCCCUCUGUAAGCGCUGCCAGAUCAGUGACACGGUGUUCGCGGUGGCCUUCUGGCUCGGCUACUGCAAUUCGGCAGUCAACCCCAUCAUCUACACCAUCUUCAACAGGGACUUCCGCAAGGCCUUCAGAAAGAUCCUCUUCAAGUGAUCCUGCGCCGCCGCCGUCUCGCCGAGCUAUGUCUUCCAGGCGCUUGCAGACCUCCCGCACGGGCACCGGUCGCGGAUGCAAGUGCCUCGCGCGGCCACCCCGUACAGAGUUCCGCGUCGCCGCCGCACCCUCCCGCGGCCCGGGCGUUCCCUCCGGCCUGCUGCGCAACAUCACCCGUUGAAGGAUCCAACGGUCCAAUGUUCGGGGCCCAACCGACGCGCGCCCGGGGUAUCCUCUACGUUCCUCCGCCUUUUCUACGCAACCGCUGACUCUGGAGAGCCGACGCACCGCUCUUGCGAACAAUGUGCACUGGGUCACGACGCAGGGACUAGCCGCUUGGGGCCUGCUCUCUUCACCUCCUUGACUCACAACUCGCACGGGGCUCCCGUUGGGGGCAUUACGUGCGGGACCUCGAAAACGCAAGUUCGAGGAUCCUUCGACUCGGUUUCAUUGCUCUUGUUGUUGUUGUUGUUGGUGUCGUUUCGUGCUUGGCGCAGCCGAAACGACGCGAAGAACGUGUUACUAGUAUACUCAAUUUUCUGUUUCCGCACCUGGAGAAGACGGACGCAGAGGAACGCUUCGACCGCAAAGCGAAACGCAAACUCUCAGUACACACUAGUUCUGAUUUCGUUCCCUUGUUAUUUUGUUUCAAAGCACAAGGUCUAGCGUGUAGGCACGAAGUGGUGUAUAUGCUGUAUCGUCCCGAUUCCAUGUCAGUCGUCGUUGCCAAGUACGUUUUUUAUACUCUGUCCUGUUUCUUUCCUUCUAAGUUUUCUCUUCUUCUAUGCCAAUGUGCGUCAUGUUAGCGCUUCCAUCCGAAGCAACGGCAUAUAUACUUCAGAAAACCAACCAGAGGCGAAGGAAAGGACACACAAAAAACGCCUGUUUUGUAGUCGCGUAUGUACAUAGUCGCAGUUCUUGAGGACACAUCAGAAACGUCCGACGAAUGUCCGCCAAAAACAAUACCGGAAAACUCCCGAUACCGUCACGAACACUUCUCAACAACGUCUCAGGAUACAUCAUAAAAACAUGGUUCAGAAGAACCCUAUGUCAGUCCGCAAGAACUUUAAAAAGCCCCAAAUACAAGCACUGCAUCUAUUAGCCAGUUUUGGCAAUAUCGAACACUUGCACCCACAUUUUGAGUAUCGGCAAAAAGUUAAGAUAUAUGAAAAAGACCAGGGGUCUCUGUUGCACGAAUUGCAGCUUUGAGUUAAAACAUUUUACCCUGUGCAUGCAGUGCACACGGCCAUUCCAUUUGAUAAUUUUAUAAAUAUUCCAGAUACUCAAAUAUUUACAUUAUUAAAACAGGAAAUGUUUUUAACAAAAACAAUCUCCAAUUAUUUUUUUAUAGAAGCGACAUGGAAACUUAUCAUACAAGAUACAAGGGUCCAUGAGCGUCUAUUAAUUGCAUCGAUGUCUCAAGGUCGUCUCCGAAGCAGCUGUUGCGAUAACAUCAAAAAGUAUCGGUCAACAUCACACCCCAUCGGACUAUUUGAUGUGUUGUAAUUGAAACCCGCUAUCUCUCGUCAGCGCGUUUCGUAAAUAUAGACGAAUCAAGUAAGAUAUUCAAGAAUCCAGGUUCGUACAUUACAAAGGUCAAAAAGUUGUCGAGGUAAAGAUGGUUUUCGAACUUGUCAACGACGGUCUUGAAACAGAAUGAAAACCAUUCCCUUACUCUCCUUAAAAUAUAUCGAUGCAUUACAAGAGAUGCUCCAACUCACAUACGUGUAUCUUUCGUCCCAAGUUUAACACAUUCAUAAAGGUGUUGAUGGUAUUUUUUAGAAGACUGGGGUUCUAAUCAAAUCGCAAUAGUAGUCCAAAAUCACGCGGCUAAAGCAGCUUUCCCUCCGCGAGGGAAAGUUAUCUCAAAAAACGCACGAGGCGCACUCUCAUUAUUAUCGGCAGUAACGUCCUGAGGAGGUCCCGUGAACGUCCCGCAAGUUUUCCGGUAUUUUUUUUUUCUUACAAGCCACGAGCGCACGUGUACCUGUACCCCAGUCUAUCGGCUUCGGGAGCAUUCCACCCCCGGAGUAACGUCUUUUGGGAAGGUCUUGGGAGAAUCUUUAGAAAUUUUCCCAGUCGCCUUCACUCACAGAGCCACGCGUUCUACGUUGGCGCAAACCCCGCCGCGUCGUUUUGUAAGAUCCGGCACGCCACCCCAUCGGUACCCACACAGUCCGCACGCGCCAAACACUCCACGCGCAUACAUACACGCAAACACACAAACAUCUCAAUGUGGCACAUCCUUUCCAGCGUUCUUUCGCGGUUGCACCGGAAACGUGUGACUGUAGACUACACUUCCCGGAUAGUCGAAGCGUUUUAGCGUGUUCAAACAAGAAAACCAAUCCCAAUUUUUUUUUUUCUUUUCUAAAGCUAAACGUGUGUUUUUUUUUUGUUUUUUUUUUUAAGUUUUAUUUUACGAUAAAAUUGUUAUGUAGCAGCGUUACGCUCCAGAGUUACACGGAGACACAUAAUCUCGUCAGGACAGGCGACGUCACAGAGUAACGUCACGAAGUCACGUGGCCUCAUGACAUCACACGAUGUUAACACAAACACAGAACGUGCUCAGCUCAUUCGCAACGCAUUCGGUGCGUUCCCGAGUCUAUCAAAUAAAAUAAAAAAAAUG